CACUAUAAUUUUACCAUACAUUCACAAAGUUAUGAAUAGGCGUACCAUACAUCUCAAACGAGUCCGACGUCGAUCAAUUGGGCGUGCCAUACCUACGUCAUUGCCUUGGGAGUUGGAAUGACGCGAGGCUUUACAUCUUCGAAAUCAUUCUACCGCAUUAAUCUGCAACCAAGCAUACAGUUAUCACCACUUGUCGAAAGGUACUGUAUUCAUAAUUUAGUUGACCACAAGCUCGAGCGAGUUUUAUAGACGAACUAUCUAGGGCGUGAGUUGACUCAAUCAUCAUUCAGUGGAAUACUGUGCUGAGUUUGGACGACCUCUGAGAAACGAUUCCCAAACUAAACACAUUAAUGCAAAGGAUAUAAAUAUUAUGGAUUUAUCUGGCGGUUGCAGAAUUUACCUAUUUGUAUUGUUUAAUCUCUUUCUAAUCGAAGGGGUAUGGGGAACAUCUGUGAACGUAGGUUCCGGUAUAUCAACAACGGAGGGUAGCACAGUGUUCUUGAGGUGCUCGUUCAGUAAAAGCAUUGCCAGUGUCGACUCACCGCCCAUCGUGCACUGGAGUAUAUUAGACGCCGACGGCUAUCCUACACCUAUUCUCACCAGGACGAAUGGCGAGACACGCACGGAGCCCCCUUACCGUGCACGUUUCAGCAUAUCAGGGGAAGCAGAUUUACGGAUUACAAAUGUCCAAGCUGAAGACAAUGGGAAGUACAGAUGUAGGGUCCAAAUAAUUGACGAUAUACCCAGCGAGGACUUUGGCGACAUCACUCUGAAAGUAUUUUGGAUAAGCAAAGUUGUUUCGACUGUGCCUUCAACUGGCAUUAUUAUCGGGAAUACCGUCACAAUGACAUGCACAGUAACUGGUGAUCUUACGCCGUCAGUGUACUGGAAGAAAGAUGACAAAGAACUUAAAUUAACUUCCACUGGUCAUGUGAUUAAAGAUGACCAUUCACUCGUCAUUCACAGCGUUUCACGUGAUGAUGAUGGGAUAUACGUAUGUGGUGCACGCAACAACGUCAGGGAAGAAAUGAGUACGCCAAAACGACUAGAGGUAUACUACGCUCCAGUUAUUAGUGACAUAAGCGACACAAAAACUGUAAUCAAUCAAAAUGUAACGGUAACAUUUGAGGUUGAUUCGAAUCCACCAGCAAUACUAGAAUGGACCAAGGAUGGACAGCCAGUGGAGGACAUCAACAAUCCUUCAUUUACGUUUUUUGUACCAGAACAAGAGGUUGGAAAAUCCUAUGAGAUAACACUUACGGCAACUAAUUCCGUAGGCAAAAUGAAAAAGACGACCAAAGUUAUCAUUGGAGAUGCAUGUGGAUACACUACUAUCAGCCACGAGGGCUCAGGUCGUAUGCUGGAAGCUAAGACGUUAUCCUUAAAGGAGGGACGUUCUGUCACUCUUGUUUGUAGCGUCAAAGAUUGCGAAUCGUCUGAUACAUACUCGUAUGAAUGGUACAAAAAUGACGUCAAGUAUUCGACUUCUGAUAAACUAGUCAUUAAUGAUGCAAGUCUGAUGGAUGAUAAUAUGCAAUAUAUGUGUCGAGUACGAGGCGGAAUACCGUUUCCAAGCUCUGUGGGAUUCCGUAUUCACAUUAAAGUGCCUCUUCUCGAACCAAUGACUAUUGUCAUUAUCUGUGGUUGUGCUGCAGGUUUCAUCUUUCUUAUAAUAUUAAUCAUUUGCUGUGUAUGUUUUUGCAAGAAAAGGAGGCAGACCAGAGGAUAUAAAAGUGCUGACUCCAAGUACAGCAUGCAGUCUGGCUUCUCAUACAAUGACAUCGAAUUCAUUGGCAUAAAGGAAAGAAGAGAUGAUUCCUCAAGUACAACAUCUGGGGUAACUACAUCUGUUUUAGCUUAAUUCAGCAAUGCAUGA